UCUUUCGGGGAGUCUGGUCGUGGUGGGAGUGCUACGGUACCACCGACGAUUUGGUUUUCCUCUUUCAUCUUAAAACACCUCAGACAUCUGUGUCUCCUAAUACCAUCACCGGAUCGCUUUUACGGACUGUACCGAUCAAAGCUGUUGGCGCGACGAGGACUGUCGAUGCGCAUUCAGUUGGACCGGGUUGGUUUCUAGUCAGCUGAUCAGCGAACCUUUUAGACAGCUCUGACCUACAUUCGAUUGGAAACAGAACCGGGAGAGCAGGGCACACCAAGCAAGCUACAGCUGUCAUUCGAUACUUGUGCACGUCGUCUGGGGUAGCGAGGUCGUGCUUGUUUCCUCUCGGUGUGCAAGUCUCGGGCAGACGACAGGCAGGACUACAUCAUGGAUCAUCUGGCGGAGGAUUACAUCAACGAGUUUGAUCUCGACCAGCUGGACUUCACCGUCAUCAAGCGAGAACUCGAGGAGCAGAAACUCAAGUGCUGCAUGGGGGGCGACGUCAGCGCCGGCCUCGUCUCGGGCCCAACGAGCCCCGGAUGCAGUGUGCCGACGUCCCCGUCGGUUAGCCAGGACAUACCCAGCCCGAUGGAGCAGAAGUCGAUUAUGGCGGAUCUAAACUGGCUGCAGUGGUGCGCGGGGCUGCAGCUGAGUUCACUGUGUGAUAAAUACGCCCCCCAGCUCUCCCCCGAGGAGGCGGUAGAUGUGCUUAUCAAAACGGUAGAGGCGCCCCCGUCUGUCAAGUCGAGUGUCCACUCCGCCACCGAGGACGAGGGGGGUAAGUGGCUAACGGACAUGGACGACGACGACGAUGAUGUCACCGAGGACACCGAGUCGCAGUCGUCGCCGGCCAUUCAGAACGUGUCGUCACCAGAUUCGUCAUCAUCAGCAACGACGCCGAGAGACGACCGAGAUUCGAAACCCUCAGAAAUUCAGGACGACGAUCUAGUUUACCUACCCGUGCGCGAGCUCAACCGCCGGCUGCAGGGCAAACCCAAGGACGAGGUGGUGCGCUUGAAACAGAAACGCAGGACAUUGAAGAAUCGCGGCUACGCACAGAACUGUCGUUCGAAAAGACUGCAGCAGAAAUUCGAACUGGAAAACACUAACAACGGCCUCGCGAAACAGAUCGCCAACCUGAAGAGACAGGUGGACGCUCUGACGAGGGAACGGGAUUUUUAUAAACAGCAAUGUCACGUGCAGAGGGACAGUUCCGCCGCACGUGCAGUGCGUGACGGGUCGGUGUCGAGCAGUUACCCGAGUUCGCCAGAUGAGUUUAGCUAAGCAGAGUACACGUUCGUGCGACGACCUUGACAUUUCAUGUGGUAACCGGUUUAUAAUGGCAUGUGAUAACGCCGACAAAACUGCUCGUUAAAAUUUUACCUCGAGACAGGGAUUUGCGUCUCGAAAUAAUGUUACUGGUGAGAAAUCUGUCCACAAGUUAAUCGUAUCAAUGUAAUAUUUCUGUUUUUAUCGUUCGUCGAAACGGAUUUACGCGAAAAGUACGAGAAGUUGUCGUGUUGACUGUUUGGCACGGUGCCAGGCGAUCAGCUGAUUGAGGCCAACUUCCAGCCAGCCGACAGCUCAGUACAGUGUCCUACAUUUUUCCUGCACACAGUUUUUUUUUUUUUCUUCUUCUUCUUCUGCAGUGCGAAUUUUCUUUCAGGUUUCAACUAAGUGCACUUGUUAACUUUUAAAAUUUUGAUUGCAUGUGUAAUUUAUUGCACCGCGGUUAUGACAUGAAAGCAUGCUAUUCACUAAUGCUAGUUAAAGCAACAUAGGUAGCUCUGUAUCAAGUUCUUGGUGUGGCUGGGCCACAGAUAUGAAGUGAAAGUGGUGUUUUAUGUGCAUAUUGCCAUGCCUACAGGCAGAAUAUUCACAAAUGAUUGAUAGAUCACUUGGGUGGGGUUUUUUUUUUUUUUUCUUCUUUCCCAAUACAAACCACUGACCAAAUAAAAUUAAAUAAUUUGGCAUUAUUUGCAUUCAGUGAAAAUUGUCCAACUAUCAAAAGACAGGGCUAAAGUAUUUUUGUCUUUAGCAGGGUUUUUUUCCACAAUUAUUAACAGUUCAAAAGAGACCAUUCUUAAGUUUGCUGGUAUUGUAACCUGUUUCUGCCCGACAGACUUUCCAAUGACUAGAAGUACAAAUAAAAUGCAUUUUCUUGUGAUGGCCAAUGUAUGAGACCAGUAUAAUAUGUAUGAGACUAGUAUAAUAUAAUAUGUAUAAGACUAGUAUAAUAUAAUAUGUAUGAGACUAGUAUAAGACUAGUAUAGUAUAAUAUGUACGAGACUAGUAUAAUAUGCCAGCUGUUUGUGAAUACCAGAAGUAGAGACUAGAAUUUACUUCCCAAUAAUUUCAUAGGUGAAUUUUUAUUUAUUAGGAUCCAGUAAAAUUACGUUUCAGCAUUAGGAAUGCAUGUACAAGAAACACAUUGAAUGUAUUUUAAACAAGAAAAUAUAUUUAAUAUGUCAUCUUAGUUGUUAAUGAAGCUCUGUUAGAAGCAUUUUACAAUGGCAGCAAACUCUGAGACCGAACCUUUAAAUAAUGUAUUCAUGCAGGCCUGCAGGCAUGACGUUUGAAGUGGGGCAAAAGUGCCUCGCAUAUAUAUGAUAUCUAUUAAAGACCAGCGUUUUGUACCCCCAGUUCCUACAAGCAUGUUACCGGUCCCCCUGGUGUUUGUGAAAUGUUAAAUUUAAUUUUAUGUGACAUGACAGGGUACCUAUCUUUAGAAAUAGUCGGGUCAAUCACUUUAAAAAAUGCUGAGUCAAAUAAGAUUUACAAAGUUUAUUUUUGUAUUACACAGAUAAAAGUUACAUGUAUUUACAAUGCAAGCCUGUGAGUAAACAGAACAGGCUUCUGCUCAUAAUUAUACUCAACAAACUACUCAAGGGCCAGUUGAUGUGGGCAACUUUUAAUCAUAAAUGAUUACUGUUUGAAAAGAAAAUGCAAUCUUUGUAUGCUUUGUAAAGCCAAAAACAAAAUUCAUCAAGAAAAAUGCUGAAAAUAUCCACCGGCCCUUAAAAUUAAUGUUGUUGAGUGUACUGUCACCGCCCCACCAAACGUGUGUAGUCCUGAUAAACCUGUCUACGAUAAACCAAUCUAGAAAUAACAGCUCAUAAGCAGGGAUCGAAAUAACAAUCUCUGAAACGUUAACAGCAGUGUCCAUUGUUUUACGCUUCACAUGACCUGAAAGUUCAUUAUAUACAUGACUUGUGCAAACUAACCAAGCAGAGGCUGCUUCUACUGGGCUCACCCUGUCCAGUGACAAAUUAUCCAAAGUGGCUACAACAUUAAAUCUUUGGCUAAUAAAAUAUUAAUUAAAUUAACAACAUUUUAAUAAAUUUCAAAGAAAUAUUCAACAUUUGAAAAUUGGCUAAACCAAAAUUUGUUCCAGUGUGAACCGUGUAUUUCUCAAACAACUUGAAUUCUGACUUGCAUUUCUCAAACAACUUGAAUUCUGACUUGCAUUUCUCAAACUGACUUAUUAAGACAAAAACUUAAUUUAAUACAAAAUUUAGCAAACAACUUUGGAAUAGGAUAAAACGUUUAAUUUAAAUUGUCAUGAAAACUCUGGUGUUAGCAUGAUCAUGUGACUACUCUUAGUGGCUAAGCCAGGGAUCAUGUUGAACAUUAUUUAUAUUUUAAAUAUUUCAUCAAUAUAUAUAUUUAUUAUAUAACAUUUAGUGAAAUAUCUUAAAAUAAAAGUGUUAUCAGUCACUCAGUGACAACACAUUUUAGAGUG